AUGAAGUCAAUCACACUUGAUAAGAUCAACUGUACAGCGAAACAUGGAAAAGCAUUGCUAGAGAGACUGUGUGACCAUCCUGAGAUGUUAGGAGUGCUUGACGAACAGAGAGGCGAAAACAAGGACGACAGCAGCCUUCGACAGGCUGAUUUCAGCAGCGACGAUAAGCUCUUCCAAGACCCUGGCUAUGAAAGCAGCAUUCGAGAGGCUUUCUUCAUGGACUUUCCCGCAUUUGAUGCUUCCCAUGGUGCAGUAGAGGUCAAGAAGGAUAGCCAGGUGAGCCCUGCAGCUUCGCAGGACUCAUCGAAUAGCGAGCAGGCAGAAUGGGAUGCCAAGGAAAGGAAGAGAGCACAGAAUAGAGCAGCCCAGAAGGCAUUCAGGGAGAGAAGAGAGGCCAGAUUAAAGGAAUUGGAAGAAAAGCUGAAGGAAAGCGAAGAGAAUCGGAAGGAGCUAAGCGAAAAGAUCAUGAUCCUCAAGGAACAGCGCCUGCAGCAGAGCUAUGGAUGUCACAACGGGGGACUUUGUGACAAUGCAUCGCAGACCUACACAUUUCCGACCCCAAAAGAGUUUUAUGAUGAGUUGAUCUCUAAAGAGGUGCAUGGAGAGUUUAAAGUGAUUAAAGAGCGCUAUGUCGAUGACGCCGGGACAGAAAUUCUACCGGUUGCAGCAGCAUGGGACUACCUUCAUAAUCUCCUAGCACACAGGGAUUUCGAUAUCCAAGCUGUUAUGCAAAGCCUCAAGGGCCGCGAGGUUUGCCAUGGUCAUGGGGCAGCGUAUCCGAAGGCUGUGAUAGAUCAAGCGGUAGAAGCUUCCCAAGCUGAUAGGUGA